CGAGAUAAACGAGAAGAAUUUCAUGGCGAAACUUCUUACUUCGGCCUCUUUUGUUCUCGCGUGAUUAAUCGCCGUUGGCACACGAUUGCGAUAAAUCUCGCGAUCGUAAAACCGAUCGUUCGCACUUCGCCGCAACUAUUAAAGGCCAAUCUGAAAUUCACGCGGUGCCCAUCGGCGCGAAAGUGGCGCGAAAGAAAGAACCGUAGCCAGUGUUGGAAGAGGCAGUGUCGGUGGCGCGGGCGGACGUCGUCGGGUUUCUGGUCAGCGUCGCGACGCCUCGUGCACUCGGUCAGUGCUGGGCUGUCGGUCGCGUGGCGAGCCUAUCCACCCUCGUCGAGCCGAUCCUCGAGGACACGUGGUUUCCUGGAUUCGGAUCGAUCCAUCCACGUGCGUAACGCAGAGCAGGAGGAGAAGGAGGAGGAAUCAGGAGUGCGAAAUAAAUAACGGAGAUAGAUAACGGAGUAGCCGACAAAGGCCUUGACGUUGCACCAACCACAUACGUCGCCCCGUGAAUAUUUCAAUAGCGUAUCGAUCUAGUGAAACACACGUGUGUAUCUGAACGCGAAUUCGAAUUUCUUUGCGCGAUCAACGUGUUUGUUGGUUGUUCGAAGCAACGUUGGUUGGUCCAACCACGCAACGGGCUAAUCACCACCAGGUACCACCUUUGCCAGGACACGUUCACCAAUCACGUCGGUGAUUACCUCGCGAGACCACAUCGAUCCAUCCGCUCUAUUUCUGUGCUGUCUCUAAUGUAUAUUCUACACAUGCAUCGUGUGUGUUUCUUGUUGUCAAUAUUUGUGAAUUGUGGGAUAAUAUAUACGGAAACGUGGUGAAUAGUUGAUGGUGCAUACCUCGUCUCGUAUUGCCCUUCCUUUUUCUCUCUUUCUCUCUGUUCUACCCUGUAGAUUGUGUACCAAUCAACCCUUCCUCUUUGUAAUUUCCAUUCUUGAGACACUCGUCCAGGAAUACACGUUGAUCGUUUUUUAACUAUCGAUUGAGUUAUUUGUUUUUGGUGGUAACAAAAUGUCGGUGUCCUAUGUAGAGUGUGAACAUUUGAAAGUAAAAUUCUUGGGAGCUGUUUCUUUUUUUUUCGUAAUGGAUACCGUGUUGAGAACGAAAGUUUCAACGGAAGUAUCCACCCGAGAAAAAUCCAGUCUCGAGAAUUUUACUUUGAAAUUCGCCCCCCUUGUAAUUUCUCACAGCUUCGCUAUGUAUUUUUGAAUAGACCAAGUAGAACCAACCAACCAAUUCAACUAAUCUCUCGAUCCUUAACGUUGUCGUUUCUUCCGCAGUUGAUAACCGUUAAUUGUUCGCUUGCUGUUCAUUCGCUUUCCAUGUUGAGAGUCUCCGAUUUGCGCGCAGAAGGUUUGGUGCUUUUCCUCGACAGACGAACGAAAGUAACCAAAGGUAGCUCUUUGUCCCCUAAUCGAACAACUUCGCGUUUUUUUUUCUCUUUUUGAAAAAGCGAAGCGUUAAAUAACUCGUUUAAACAACUCCAAAAGUCACGAUCCUCCUUCUAACUUUCGAUUCCUCUGUAUGCAGAAGAUUCAGCUUUGCCUCGUGAAUCAUGAGCCGAUUAUCGUCGCGCAACUUCGCUGUAUCCAAGUAUCUCAACGCGAAACAUUGUUCGGUUUUGGAGAAUUAUCGCUUAAAGUUUCAGGAAGAUGUAUCAUGUCCCGUUCCAUUUGAACGGAACUUGCUCCUGUCUUCCUCGAUCGUUAAAUAAAACGGAGAUCGAGCGUAGAACGUCGCAUUCGAACGUUUUCUUCUUUCGGGGAAGUCGAAACGUAAUCUAGUAUGUCAAAGACGUUUCAUCCUCGAUGGAGCGUAAGGAAUUCACGUUUCUCGAACAAGGAGACGCUAGCAGUGUCUUGUUCGCGUGAGGGAAGAUCGCUAGGGAGAUGGUAACUUUUCUUCUCUUGGAAAAUCUAAGGCUCUUUAGGGAAAUUCAAAUUUUCUAGUUUUUUUUGAAAAUAAUAAACGUAGGAAUAAUUCUUACUUUUUCAAUGCAUAAUGUAACGUUCAAUUGUAAAAUCGAUCGAUAUCGAAAAUUCUGAAACAUCGUUCAAUCUCUAAUUUAUUUUCCAAUAGAAUAAUAGUUUGAGAUAAUUGAAGGAUAUUUUCGAAUGAAAAUUUUCAAAGAUUGAAUUAUUUCCUCCUCGCUUUGAUAAUCACGAUAAACCAAUGAAAUUAAAAAAAUUAUUUUACGAGAGCCAUAGCCAUAGAAAAUAAUCUCGUCGUCGAAAGCUCUCGAUCGAUUCGAAAUUCCAUUAAUAUUAUCCCAAUAAAUACCACCUUUCUUAACCGACAUUUCUCGUACGUUUGGAGGCAGGUUGACUGCAGUCGAUGUUCCAGGUGUCGAGUCUCAGGUAUCGAGCCCUCGAAAGGCUCUGCGCCGUAAACGCUGUCGUGACAAGACAGUCCUUGCGGCUGCGGCAGAUCAAUCGAGAGGCUCGACUAUUAAAGUCGGUGUCGCUGUGUCGGGCAAACAGUCCUCCCCUGUGUGUGGAGGGCACGUUUCGCGUCGGCCUGUCGCUGCUCAUGGCAUCCUGGCUCGUCGCUUCCUCCGGAUGCCUUCCGGUAUCGGAAAAUCCGCGUGACAGACCGAAAUCAACGUUUCGACGCGCAACAGUUACCCCCCCAGAAGUCGUUGCAUCAGUAAUUGGAGUAUAAAUAACAUUCGAGACUGGAACUUGAUAGAAUUUAAAUCAAAAAUCUCGUCCAACAAUUCAGUGCCGUUGUUGUUUCUUUCUCUGUUUUUUCACAAGAUGACGAACGGUGAAGAGAGAACGUGACGAAGAAGGAUUUUUUCGUUUCUUCGUUCCCUCAACUUCGAGAGAAAUUUCUCAAGGGUUGUUUCGUUCCUCUAAACACGUGCAAAGGAAUUUUCGAUACGGGUUGUUGUUUCCACGAGAACGCGCGUUCUGGGAAGAAGAAAAUUUGAAGAGAAAGUUUCGAUUCGACGAUAGGAUCGUUUCUUCGUUAUUAAAUCGUAUCCAUGAUCCUUGCGUGAUCCAUCAUUUCUCGAGGUGUAAUUAUAAUUCUUACAGACCUUGAGGUUUCUGGCGAGCUAAAACGAGCGUAGAUCGUCUUCAGGCUGGCUCCGACCAACAUCGUAAAUCGUUAAUGUUUCCCCGAUGAUCUCAUUCCGCAUCUUUUUUCGCGUAUAAACGGAUACUUGGACGACAUAGAGAGAAACGUAGAAGAUUCACGUGGAAGCGCGAUGGUAACUCGCCAAGACGGAGAUCGAGAAACUCUAGUUAUCCCGGAGCGGGCCAAGCGACGGUAGGGCUUGAUCAAAUCUGGUGUGUACAAUCAGACGCGUUUCUUCCAACGUAAUAAAACUCGCAACGAAAUUGCCGCGUCAGUUAUUUUAAUUACGUGAUUUGAGAAGGAGAAACAAUAAAGUGGCGGGGAAAUGAAAAUCCUCGAUCGGGAGGACGAUCCUUGUCUUGAAAACUGUUGCUCGAUAGAGGGAAAAUAUUAAUCUUUCGAUUCCAAGAUUCUUGCAAACAAAUGAGAGUCAUAUCCCGUUCCUCGAAAAUUCCUCCCUUUCCCGAAUAUUUUCCCUGGGGGAGACAAAGUGACGAGGUUCCGAUAUUCCGAUCACGAGUGUAAUCUACGAUCGUUCGAUAAAUUAUCGAUGAAAGAACGAAUUUGCUUCCGCGCGGGAACUGGAAAGAGAGCGGAAAAAAAAAAGAAUCGCGAUAUGGAAUUGCAAAAGAGAAGAGACGAGCGUAGCUGCCUAGGGACGCUUUCGUGAUCGUCGAGCACCGUCACCACCACCACCGGCGCUGCUUCUUCCACUCGUUGUAAAAAAAAAAAACUUGACCAUCCUCGGCUUGAAACGAAUCAUCACACUCGCCUUAUACCUAAAAAAAAAAAAAAAAAAAAAUCAGAUUUAAAGAGAAAAUGAGAACGUGUUAAUCACGAAAUUAAUCGAAACGAAACGAAAAAUGGAAAAUCGAUCGAAAAGAUAAUCGAGAGCAACAACCGCGUCCUCCUAUACGAUUCUCUUGUCCGUCACACACUGCCCCCCUCUCUCUCUCUCUCUCUCUCUCUCUCUCUCAAUCAUGAAUCUUAUGUUCCGCAAGAACUUCAGCGAGAAGGGAUUCGGUGGUGGUGGAGGAGGAGGAGGAGGAGGAGGAGGCGGACUGGAGGGCCGCUCGGUCCUCGGCACCGUUUACGGGCCGGCCACCUUGGGGUACACGGGGACUCGGUUCGGCGUGGUGCGCGGCGCCGGCCAGUCGGCGGUCGGGGCGCGCGCACCGAUACGACGCAGCAGAGAGUUCGGCUACUUCCCCUCGAUGGCCGAUCACGAGCACCAGGGGUUCGGGUACCGGACUCACCUGUUUCUCACCCCACCGACAGGCGGUGCCCUCGGCUCGCCGCCUGAGGAGCCGACCGAGAGGCUAGGCCCCCCGCCCAGGAAGAACUCCGGUCCCCACGUGAUAAAGUGGGGUGGUGGCGGGGGGGGCGGAGGAGGACAGGGAUCGGGGCAGGGAGCGGGAGGCGGCGGACAGGCGAGGAGGAAACAGGCUUCCCAGCAGAAAGAACCCUCGGAACCCUCGACCCCCACUGCUUCGAGACAGGUUUCCUUCAGCGGUAACCGGGCGUCUGGCGCAUACACGCCCCUGGUGGUUUCCGGAAACAGCCCUCCGCGUGGCGAACCAAUCUCCCUGGCCACCUUGGACCGCGACUGUUUCAUCAUUCCCCUCGCAUCUCUCGAACGUUUUUUACCUGCGGGAGUACCGCUUUAUUCCGACUCGUUCCAGCAUGCCCCAAUCGCGGACAAAAAGAGACCAGGAAGCCCUUUGUCGGUUCUCGAAGUCGAAGAUCCGAAGCAAUGUGUUCUCGCUCACUUUAUGACACCCCUGGAACCAUUGGAUCCUUUGGUCGAGUCUCCUGUUUCCAGGCCGUUGGUCUUGCAACGGGAUACCGCGGCCGAAUUGGUCGCUGAGAUCGCACCCUCAGCUUCUCAGAGUAUUCUUCUCACGAAUAUGGAGAAAAAUGCGGAUUUCCCAUUCAUCACGUAUUAUUUAAUAAACAAACAAAACACAGAUCCCGUUGAUUUCUAUAACGAGGUUCAAUGCGCCGCCUUGAGAAAGUUCGAUCCUCGGGAUCUUCGAUAUGCGGCCAAUCACACAUUGGAUCUAUUCAACGAAGUGGCCACGAUAGCGAGGCCACCGUUAGAACCACCUGGUGUCAGACCACCGAUUCCGUCCACAGGCUAUAUUGUCUCGAUUUUUAAAGUAUUUGAGGGCGACGACGGCCUUAAGUUCGAGCAAAAUUGGCUCUAUUGGACCGGUGCCCGUAUGAUGUACCGAUAUUUGCCGAAAUCGGUGGGCCUGAGACGAAUCACAUUGCACAAGUCCAUGUCACAAGGCGACAAAAUGUAUCUACUGAUCUGCGAAUGUUCGCAAUUGCAAGACAAUCUAUCCGCGGCAGCGAUAUUGUUGCCCGCGUUACGUGCCCGUUUAUGCGGUUACACCGGUCUCUAUAGACCUUCGGUGUGCUUCUGAUUUCUCAGGAAACGCUGACCACGCGCCAACGAUGUCACAAUAGUCCAACAAAACAGAGCCACUUUGUGAAUUUUCCAUUUCGAAUAACGAAUCAUUUGAAAUAUGGCUGGCCUUUGUUGAUAAAUUGUAUCUAUUAUAAUUAGAUACGACGGAUAUCAUAAAUUUGUGGUAAAAUUGCGUGGUUAGGCGUGAUUGUAAAUUCAUCAAUAUUCCAAUCUCGAAUAUAGCAGGAGAAUCGCUUUAAUCGAUAAAAAAAUAUAUGAAAUUGUAACGGUUAGUAAAGAUAAUCUCUGUGUAAUAGAGAGUUUUCCGGGGCUCGUUUCGUUUGAGCCGCGAUAAUAGUCUUUACGAUAUUAGUAGCAUCCUCUCUUUGUAUGAUACGUACACUUUGAUCAUUUUACAAAUUCUUCCCAGUUUUAUAAACUUACUUUCUUAUAUCGCACUAUAUAUGCUAUCGCGGUAAUGGAUUUCAUGUGAUUAAGCACUACUCGUCACUUUAUUAAGCCGUACUGCCGACGUUAUUACAAAUCUCAUAAUUUCAUGAAACGAGCCCUCCUCCUUUACCAGAAUUCAACGACCAGCCAAUGAGAGAAAUCAAAGAUUUACUUAUCUCGUGAUUUCUAGUGACAACGGAAUGGUAAAAAAAUAUCAUUAAGGGAGACACAUUCGUAUACGCUUUAGAGAAAUUUCAAUGAUAAAUCUACGCUUCGGGCUGCAUACCCGUUUAGCUAUGCCUCUGGCCAGUUUGUAUUUUUUGACUUUACAUAUUUCAUCCAACAUUUUAUGCGAGCGUAUGCAUCGCUCGAUAACCGAGCGCAAUUUGCAUAUACAUAAUAUAGAAAUUUGCAAGACACUUUUAUUACUACAUCGAAGACUAUCGAUUAAAUCGCUAAACUACAUAUCAUAUACUCGAAAAACUGUGAUAUUCGAACUAUUACCGCAUAUAUCACAACGAAUGUAACAAGAAUGUCGCGAAUACUUCUUAAUCAAAAAAAAAAAAAAAAAGAAAAAAAAAGAAAAAAAAAGAAAAAAAAGAAAAAGUACUCUUUGAGAAUGCUACAUUCUUUUUCAAGAUAAGUUAGAAAAGAAAAAUUUGAACUUGAUAGAACCUUUUCAGAUCGAGAAUACUUUAUAAAUAUAAUCUCCUAAUCUUUUACUAAUUGCAUUCGUAUAUUUGAUAUUACAUAUCUUUGCCUGGAUUAUCGAUAUUCGCGGGUUUUGAUUGUAAAUGACGAGGAUUCACAAAUGAAUUAUGAUUUUGAAUUUAGAAUAGUGAAAUCAAUUAACACAAUCGUUUAAUUUUUAAAUUUAUAUACUUUGUUUGAUGUUAAUGAUGGGAGAAUAGAUCUUCUUUUGUCGGGAAAAAUAAAUAAAUCGAUCGAAAGAUGCGGGAAAAGCUUUUACCAGAUCUUUCUUAGGUGCCCGUAGAAUUUUUAGAAAGAGGACGAGUAGCAUAAUUCGAUAUUGUAGUACAAAA